GUCAUUCCAUACAGUACACAUAUACAUCAUCUCCAGGCAGAACCCUAUACAAAUAUCUCUAUCUCCUCCCCCCUUUCCUCGCCUCCUCUCUUUCCUUCCUUCCCUCAUCCUCUUCUUCUCUCCUCCUGCCCCCUCUCAUCACCACCCAACCCAUCUAACCCACCCAAAUGCCCACCCCCACCGUCAAGGGAACCUCGCACCCGGCCUUCGCGGCCGUGCGCGCCCUCUUCUCCACGCACCUGCAAACCGGCACCGAGAUCGGCGCCUCCCUCUGCGUAAGCAUCCACGGCGAAACCGUCCUCGACCUGUGGGGCGGCAGCACCUCCACCACCCCUCCGGCACCCUGGGAAGAAACGACGCUCGUGCCCGUCUGGUCCCUGACGAAACUGAUCACGGCGCUAAGCACGCUCCUCCUCAUCGACCGCGGCCAACUCUCCGCGACCACGGCCGUCAGCCACUACUGGCCCGCCUUCACGGCCUCGCCGCGCAUCCAAGUGCGCCAUCUCCUCAGCCACACCUCCGGCCUGGCGGGGUGGGACAGCCCCGGGCCCACCGCCUCGGAGAUCCUGGACGUGGAGGCCUGCACCGCGCGCCUGAUCGCCCAGUCCCCCUGGUGGGAGCCCGGCACGGCCUCGGGGUACCACAUCCUCUCGUACGGAUUCCUGCUGGGCGGGCUGAUUCGGCAGUUCACCGGCCGGGGAUUGAGCGAGUUCAUCCACAGCGAGCUGGUGGUGCCGCUCGGCGCGGCGGGCGGGUUCUUUCUCGAUGUCCCCGAGCGCGAGUGGGCGCGGAUCGCGGCGCUGGUGCCGCCGCCACCGGCGGAGUGGGAGAUGCCCGUGUUGCAGCCGGGGAGUGUGGCCGCGCGGGCGAUAUCGAGUGCCGCCGGAGCGGUGGGCGUGGAUAGUCCGGCCACGCCGGGGUUCCGGCACGCGGAGAUGGGGGCGUCGGAUGGGUUUGGGAAUGCCAGGGCGAUUAACCGGAUUCUGGAGGUGGUGACCCUCAAGGGCGUGGUGGGCGGGAAAAGGUUUCUCAAGGAGGAGACGGUCGAUCUUAUCUUUCAGGAGCAGGUGUCCGGCGUGGAUUUGGUGCUGGGCGCUCCGGUCACGUUUGGGGUGGGCAUGGCGAUGGCGAGGCCUUCGGGGCCCAGUUGGUUGCCUGAUGGAAGGAGGGUGGGCUAUUGGACGGGUUGGGGCGGGUCGUUGGCGCUGAUGGAUGUUGAAAGGGGGGUCACCGUCACAUACACCAUGAACAAGAUGGAUAUGGGGUUGGCGGAGAAUGAGCGCGCCAGGGAGUAUGUUAAGGCGAUUUAUGCCGCGUUGGACGGGUAUUUGGCUGCUACGCGGUAGAUGGGUUGUGUUUAUAGAAUACUUAGUAGGUAUAUACUGUGGGAGAGGAGGAGCUGGGAUGUUGAGUAUAGCUUCGUUCUGGAUAGAUAGAUAUAUUGUGUGCAGCCCUCAUCCGUACCAAGAUCAGCCCUCAUGUUACAUACACCGUCCCUUUGGGAUCGAACCGUGGCUCUCUCCCGCAAUGAUGACACCACCACUUUGCUCU